AUGACCCAUCAAUUCGGCCAAGUCGGUGGUUGGGCAGAACUCACCUUGAUUUCCCAAAGUUGGGAUGUUACGGCCGAGACAGUCCGUAGUCGAGACGCCCUACUUCGGUACCGGUGGCGAACGCAGCUGAAUUUUCACCUGACCCUGGAGACGGGCAUCCUCAGGGCAGCUGGACACAGUUGUUGUCGGAACUUGGGAAACACUAACCGGCUCAUUCCUGCAAGUUUUGCAUGGUCCAACAGACUACAUUUUGAAAAGGAGGCCGAUUCAACCAGUUUGGUAGCAUUUUCUGUUCUAAAUUCAAUCACUUCCACAACAUCCAAUCGCAUACACGAGCCGCAUCACUUCAGCCAGGCAGGCCUAUACUCUUACUCAACCACAGUUAAACGAGCAUGA